AAUUUGUUUUCAAAGAUGAAAGAUUCCCGUGUUUGGAUCCAGUGUCUCCGUUUGCGGUUUACAGGCGGUGACCUCACGGCGCCAUAUUAAUAUGCUCCCUCCUCUUCUGCCUGCUAGGUGUUAGCUUAGCAUUAGCCGCUAGUCUGCUUAUCACAGCCACUGGAUUGACAGAGGGCAACAGCGUGAUGGAAAUUGACUCGCUUCAAGAGGCGCUCGGAGACUUUGAUAAGAAAACAAAAAGGGAGCCAUGUCCCCUGCUGGAGCAGUUUUUAUGUCACAUCGCCAAGACGGGAGAGACCAUGGUCCAGUGGUCUCAGUUUAAGAACUACUUUCUUUUCAAAUUGGAGAAAGUCAUGGAUGACUUCAGAGCCUCAGCUCCGGAGCAAAGAGGCCCUGCCAAUCCCAACGUGGAGUCCGUUCCCUUCGAAGACAUGAAAGACAGAAUCCUGAAGAUUGUAAAAGGAUAUAACGGAAUCCCCUUCACGAUCCAGCGCUUGUGUGAGUUACUCACGGAACCCAAGAGGAACUACACAGGAACAGAUAAAUUUCUUCGAGGUGUGGAGAAGAACGUAAUGGUGGUCAGCUGUGUUCAUCCAACAUCAGAGAAAAACGGAUGCGGUGCUGUGAAUAGAAUGAACGGAGUCAUGCUGCCUGGGAACACGUCUUCCUUUACAGAGAGAAAAGUGAACGGUCCAGGAACUCCGCGGCCGCUCAACAGACCCAAGUUAUCGCUAGCCAGCAACUCCCUUGCAGCUAACGGCCUGCCUGACAGCACAGAAAACAAAGACCACAGAACAGAGCAAGACAGUGCUAAGGAUGUGUCCGGAAGUGAGGUUUCCGCCUCGGGAGAUGCACUGGGGAGCUCAGUAAAGAACAAACACUCCGACAUAGAAGAGGACAUGGAAUCGGAGCAGCAGGAGGUGAAGAGACUUAAAUUCGGUAAGGAGGACGACGAGGAGGAAGAUGAGGAGGAGGAGGAAGAGGAUGAGGAGGACGAGCAGGAAGUGGAAACGACAAAGCCUGCAAAUGCAGCUUGCCUCUCGAAGGAGGCAGAAGCCAUGGUCCAGGAGGAUGAAGAGCGAGACUGUUCCAAGAACGAGGAAGCCUCCAGCAGUGCCACAGCGGUCGAAGACCAAGGUGUGUGUUUUAAAGAGCCAACAAGCAGCACUCAGCACGAAGCUUGUCCUGUCUCAGACCAGAGUACAGAGAAGACAGAGCGGGAGGUGGCGCGUGGCUCCUUGCAUGAGGGCAAUGACAUGGAUCAGACGGAGCAGCAGGCGCCUGCGUGCAUGGCCAAAAGUCCGGAGACCAGUGGAGACGGUGAGGAGAGUAACAGCGACCCAGUCAGCAGCAGCAGCAGCAGCAGCAGCAGCAGCAGUAGUAGCAGUUGUAGCAUAGACGAAAGUGUCGACGUGGCCCGAGAAAAUGUUGCUCCCACCCCUUCCAGCAGUACGAACGAGCCCCCUACAGAGAGUGCCAUGGAAAGUGCCAUUAUAGACAUGGAGACCACUGAGGAGCCCAUGGAGCAGGACUAGACUGAAGCGCCUCCUCAGCCAUGUGACACCACAAACCAGCUUGUCCUUGAAUCCAGCCUGACUGUCGCUGGGAAUGAGGAUAACAUCACCUCGUACACAAACACCUCGUCGAGCUUUUGGACGCCCCUCCAGAAUAGCUACCUGGCAUUGAUGUGAGCAAACAGUAAAAAAUUAAUUUAGUUUUCUUUUUAACUGGAAUAUCUUAUUGAUCUUAUCUUGUCUUUUGAAGUUUAUUUUGGGUUUUUUUUUAGGAGGAGUUGGUUUCAGCUGCAUUCUUUCACAGCUGGAAUUUUGUCUUUUGUGUUAGUUGGGACUUUUUGGAUGAUUUACGACAGGAUUGGUUUGUUGGGUCUCCUUGAAGCCGAGUGGGUACAAGCACCAGACCGCAGGGGUCAGAGUGGAGCUUUUACCAUCCAUGUUUUUCUUUCUGAAGCACCCUUUGAAGGUGCUGGAGUUGUGCAUUGACCUGAGCCCAUCUGCCAACACAGCUGCCCUGUUUGUCCACUGGGAUGUAGAGAAUGGUUCACCUCCCCACCCCUGUGAAAGAGAUUUCCAGUGUGUUCAUCAACACACGACCACCCCCACUCCCACUGACCCUAACAUGGCAUAGGUGUCCUCUGGAAAACGACAUAUUGUAGAUGCAUGAAGCCACCGUAAUUUAUAUGAUCAUUUCACAUCUCUUGGUUAUUUUGAAACUUUUUUUUGUUUUGUCCGCCGGUUGUUCUUUCUAAAACCAGCUGUAAGUACAAAGAUGACGUCCGCUUUCUAUGUAUUGUGAUGUCACGUUUGUUUCACCGACUGAUUUCCAAGCAGUCUUCGGUUGCAGCUCUCCACCCGUUUCUGCAGCUGUACUUUUUGAUAUUUAGGAUUUUAAAUUUAUGUAAAGUAGAUUUUUGUAGAUUGUAAUACAGUAUGUGUUCACUGCCUCUGUGAAACAAUAUGUAAUUAUCAUUUCUGUGUAUACUCUGAAUGCUAUUGCUUUCAAAUGGGGUAUUCAGAAACGGCAAUAAAUGUUCAAGUUUU